AUGGUACUAGAUCCUCCGCCUAGGCAAUCCCAGCAGCAGUGGCUGAAACAGGAAACACAAAGUGCAUCCCUGUUUGUGCAUCAGCAGGGCUCUGAUAUUGAUUGGGAUGACCUCUGGGAUCAGUUUGAAGAAAGAAAGUACCUGAGUGCCCGGAAAUGGAAGGGUGGAGAGGAUCCAUAUCGGCUGUAUGCUUUCAACCAGAGAGAAAGCGAGAGAAUUCCCAGUGAUCGCGCCAUUCGUGACACUAGACACCACAGAUGCACUACUUUGCACUAUCGUAAGGAUCUGCCACCAACUAGCAUCAUCAUCACCUUUCAUAAUGAAGCCAGGUCAACACUACUAAGAACCAUAAGAAGUGUUCUGAACCGAACCCCUGUGCAUCUGGUCCAUGAAAUCAUAUUGGUUGACGACUUCAGUGAUGAUCCUGACGAUUGCCGUUUGCUGGUCAAGCUACCUAAGGUGAAAUGUUUACGCAACAGGCAGAGAGAAGGUUUGAUCCGGUCUCGCAUUCGAGGAGCAGACAUGGCACAGGCAGGAGUUCUGACUUUCUUAGACAGCCACUGUGAGGUGAACAAGGACUGGCUGCUGCCUCUUUUGCAGAGGAUCAAAGAGGAUCCAGUCCAUGUGGUGAGUCCUGUUAUUGACAUCAUCAACUUGGAUACUUUUGCUUAUGUGGCAGCUUCUUCAGACCUGAGAGGAGGGUUUGAUUGGAGCCUACAUUUUAAAUGGGAACAGCUUUCUCCAGAGCAGAAGUCAAAGCGAACUGACCCUACGGAGCCCAUCAAGACUCCUAUCAUUGCAGGGGGACUUUUUGUGAUUGACAAGGCCUGGUUCAACCAUCUUGGGAAAUAUGACCCUGCCAUGGAUAUCUGGGGUGGAGAGAACUUUGAAAUUUCAUUCCGGGUGUGGAUGUGUGGAGGAAGCUUGGAAAUCAUCCCCUGUAGUCGGGUCGGGCACGUCUUCCGAAAGAAGCAUCCCUACACCUUCCCCGAGGGAAAUGCUAACACCUAUAUAAAAAACACCAAGCGCACAGCUGAAGUGUGGAUGGAUGAGUAUAAGCAGUACUAUUAUGCUGCCCGGCCUGCGGCUCAAGGGAGGCCAUAUGGAGACAUCCAGAGCAGAGUGGAGCUGAGAAAGGCCUUGAAAUGUCAUUCCUUCAAGUGGUAUCUGGAAAAUGUUUAUCCAGAACUUAGAAUUCCUGAGGAAUCACUCUACCAAUCUGGGAUAAUACGGCAAAGACAGAGAUGCCUGGAAGCCCAGAAAUCUGAGGGACAGGAGUUCCCAGUUGUGAUCUUGAAUCCCUGUAUUAUCAGCAAGACCACAGCUGCAGUGGCACAGGAAUGGAUAUAUACUUACAACCAGCACAUUCGUCACAGUCAAUUAUGCUUGUCCGUACAAACCCUCUUUCCAGGUUCCCAGGUGGUGCUCUUACCUUGUAAAGAAGGGGAUGGAAAGCAGCGAUGGAGUAAAGUCGGUUCUCACAUUGAGCACAUGGCCACACGUUACUGCCUGGACACUGAAAUGGUGGGGGACACCAAUGAAAACAUGAGAGAAGUCGUAAUUAACCCUUGCGAGAGCACGGCCAUGAGUCAACGGUGGGAGAUGGUGAUGUCGUGACCAUGCCUGGCAAGAGGAUGGUGAAUUGAGCCAAGGAGGAGCUUUGUGAAGAACAGCCAAAGCUGUCGUACAAGCUUUGGGGGUGGGGUAGGGGCUUGCCUGAUAAUAGGGCACAAGCCAAAGAAUAAGGACACGCAGCUGUGCCUAGGUUAAAUAAAGCACAUAAGUGCUGGCUCUGAGAGCCACAGCAGUAAUUGGGUCCAGUGGGGCUGUAUACCCAUAUGGUUAAGAACAACACAAUCUGAACAUUUCUUUCAAUAACAUCCCUCAUCUGCGGUUGAAGCAGAAAAGGCUUCUCAUUUUUGAGAAGGAAAAACUGCUGAAAUCAGUAAAUGUAGUAUUUAUUUUUGUCAUUGCAAAGGUGGUGGGGCAGCCUUGGUUAAUAAUUGGGAGGCGAGUGGGGAAGAGAGUUUAUCUAGUUGUUACAGGAGCACAGAAAUGAACAUGUUGGGAAUUAGCUGAAAAGGCCAACGGAUCUUGCACUUUUGAUUGAUGUAACUGAGCACAUCUCUGGAAGAGUGCUGGAUCUAAGCUAUAUUGCACAUUAUAAUUUGUGAUCGAUGUACUUGUUGUGUGCGAGAUACUGUUUAUGUCUGGCAGGAGAGUGAGAAAAUAAGAAUGCAUGUGUUGCAGUCUGAGAGAGGUGGUCAAAAUCUGUACACAUGGAGAAGGUAAUGUUUACGACAUGUUCUCAACUGCACAAACUGUUUGCCUAGAUUUUGGGCAAUCUUGGGAAAGAAACCAUCAGUGUCCUCUCCUUAAACUGGCAAUGGGUGGAGAAGCACAGGGUGCACUUUUUCUUUUCAGAGAGCCCCACAGGUAAUACAAAACUGGGUCUUCAUUCUCAUACUUCCCUGCAUUGAGAGUUGACAUGCUGAGCACUCUGGGAAAUGCAGUUUUUUUGCUUUAUACAGAGCACCCAGGAAUACUGAAAGCAGAGAGAGAGUGACAUUGCUCCUAACCAUCCCAGGUGCCCUGUACAGUAAAAAAUUAUAUUGGUCUCUGCUUAAUAGUCUUGACAGCUUCUAAGCUUUGGCAAGUGGCCCAUCAUUGCCAACUGGCAGUACUGGCUAUGGUACUGUAGAGCUGUUGAACUCUCCAUCACACAACUGCACCGCUAAGACUAAGCACUUGAGAUGACUAUGGUUGAAUACCAGCAAAAGCUGUUCAGAGACUUGGAGGGCAGCAUUAUAAAGCUAUCAUUCCCUGUGGGGAUAAGACCUUUGUUUUCUCUAUGCCAUAGAGGUCUCUGAUCAAGCACAUUUCACAGUUUCAUAAAGCACUACAAAAAUCAAUGUCUUAUACCUUCGAGCAACCAGUAAUGGUACAGAAUUGUGGAAUUACCUGGUCUGGAUUAUAGAUUUGAAUAGUCUGGAAUACAUGACCAACAUUCCAUGCUAAUAUUGGACUUCCGAAUUACAAAUCAACCCAGUGCUGGUCAUGUGGGAAAGCAGUCCAGUAGUCACUGAUGAAUUACAAACCAGACCUCGUGAGUGCAUUCAUCAUUACAGGGAAUGAUAAUCAUAUUAUCAUACUGCUGUAAUGUUUCUGAACAGCGAUAUCCAGCCUGUCUGUGUGUAGCGAGAGGCUGAGAGUCUUGAUUCUAUGUGAGAGGGCAGAUAACACUGUUGCUUUUUGUGUCUGAGAGGGUCGUGGAUGAGCUUGAAAUCUCUGGAUGAUCCUCUAUAACUGUAGUGCGUCUCACUGUUUUAAAACAUUGGAA